AUGAUCUGGGCUUUAGACCAGGUGGACCAGGAUAGUAAGAGCUUGCAAUAUCCUGAGGACUGGACGGAUGAGGAGGUGUCCUUGUCCGAGGACAUGAUUGCAGACGAAGAAGUCAAGGGCGUGUGCUACACCACCAAGUGUGGUGAACCUUGCCGGAAAGGCGACCAUGAGGCAACCCAGAUGAACGGACAGCCGGGGUCUCUUUCCACCAUGGACAGGUGCCCCAAGGACAAGUACCGCACCCUCUGCUGUAACAAGGGAACCACCAUGGGCAAAUGUCGAUGGAGGGGAUACCGCGGACUAGGCUUGGCCUGCACAGGAGGCUGCGCCGAUUUAGAAACAGAGCUCACGCAGAACACGAACCACCACAGCGACAAGGAGGACCAGACCUGCAGCGGAGGUACCCAGAGCUACUGCUGUGCAGGCUUCAUGCCGCCCAUUAGCAAGGAGCAGAUGGAGGAGAAGAUCAAGGACGAGGCGGCUGACGCUGCGAUUGCUGCUGCCGAAGCGUUGGCCCUCGAGGUUGCUGCAAAGGCGUUCUGUCGUAUUGCCAUCACGGCCGCACUCACGCCUUUGACAUUCAUUCCCAUUGUUGGAUGGAUCGUUCGUCUCGCCAUACAGGCCGCAGUUCCGGCGCUCGCCAAUCUCUGCGCCAAAGGCAUCGCCAAGGCCGGCAAGUCUAUCUUCAAAUUCCAAGGUAAGGACUACGACGUCAAGCUCGACAAGCCGCUCACCUCGAAAAACGAUCGUGGCGACCGGGGUAAGUCGGACAAGGCGGACGAGAAAGACAGUCACUGCGACCUCAAGGGCAACGGCCUUGUCAAGCGCGCGGCAUUCCGGCCCAAGUCGGAGACCUCGACGCGGCUCGUUCAGAAGCGCCAGACGGUGACCAAGACGUGCAACGGCGGGCUGUACCCCCAACCGUGUCUGCACUACCGGUCCGUCAUCAACAACCAGAGGGGCAUGGAUGUCCUCACCUGCACCACGGCGGCUGGCGGUGGCAUCAGGCCCGUUGUCGAGAAGUACCACAAGGAUCACAAUACCAAGUGGAUCAAUGGCUGGAUGCAGGCCCGGAACAUCAACUGCCAACGCGACGAGUACCCCCCGGCCGCCAUCUGGCAGGGUCGGGACAUGAGGCAAUGGAUCCGUCUCGUGCCCGGCGGGCAGAACGCAGGCGCCGGCCAGCUUUUCAAGGGCGUCUGUCCCGCCCAGCACAAGCUGUCGCCCGAGCAGGGGCGGCGUCUGGCCAAGGUCGUCCGGAACUGCAAGCGCGUCGUCUCCAAGUUCGUGGUGACGCGCACAGCGACCACCAGGGUGAUGAAGAUGAAGUUCACCAACAUGGCCGCCGCGGACGCCCUCGCCGACGACGGCAUCCCCGCCAACCCGUGCUGGCCCAGCACGCUGAUUGACGACCCAGGCUUCGCGCUGAUGACCAACGACCCCUGGUACAACGCGCACCCGGCCAGCAAGAGGAACACGCGCCUGUACAGGAACGCGCCCCCCGCCAACAUCGUCGCCGGCAAGACCAACCGCCCCGGUUUCAACAAGAGAGACGACUUCGACCCGGCGACGUUCGACCCCGAGGACGUCUGGGUCGACGAGGGCAACUCCACGCGCAAGGCGACCGACGAGGAGCUGCUCGAGGGCCUGGGCUUCCUGCGCUGCGAGGACGGCGACUGCGAUGGCGAUCUGGGUGACCUCGGGGUCAACUCUCUGCCGCUGAUCAACCCGAGUGCCACCGUGCCUGUCGACGUCGUCGCGUUCGCCACGCCGUUCGAUGCUCUCCCCACGUCGCUCACCAACGUGUUGGAGACAGCCUCUUCGAUACACGAGGAAGCUAGGGCCCUGAUUACACCGGCUCCCGAAAUGGAGUACGUGUACGAGGAGGAGGAUAUUGGAUAUGAGGACUGA